AUGUUGUCAUCUCAGAUUUUGAAGUCCGUCGCCACUCUGCAGGGCGUCGCUGCGUCGCAGGUGUCGAGAAGCGCGUCGCGCGUGGUGCUGAAGGGCCCUAGCAGCAGAGCCAGAAAGUGGGCCGUAAUCGAGGCCAAGAGACUGGUGCCCGCGAUCGGGAUGUGGGGCGCGUUCAUGGGCGCGGUGUUGGGAUGGCCCUUCGCCGUGCGCGCGCUGGUGCACUAG